GCUGUGUUGCUCUGACAGGCACCUGGGUGCUGCCACUCUCCUGUGAAGCCAUAGGAAGUGUUUCAUGAUUCAAGAUAAGAAAGACCUUCACUUCCUCCUUCUGUGCUCGUAGGGCUGAGCUGCUGCCGAGGCUGCAACAUCCACCCCGACAGCCUGCUUGCAAAAUGGACCAGGAAACCGUGGGAAGCGUUGUCCUGCUCGCCAUUGUCACCUUGAUAAGUGUUGUCCAGAAUGCUUUUUUUGCUAGCAAAGUGGAGCAUGAAAGCAAACACUGCAACGGCAAGGGCUUCCAGCGGCCAGGAUCCUCUGCCUUUGACCGCGUCUACACUGCCAACCAGAACUGCGGACAUGCGUACCCUACGUUUCUCGCUGUGCUUUGGUGCGCUGGCCUUCUCUGCAGCCAAGCUCCUGCUGCCUUUGCUGGCCUGAUGUACUUGUUUGUGAGGCAGAAGUACUUUGUGGGCUACCUCGGGGAAAGGACUCAGAGCACUCCUGGUUACUUGUUUGGAAAGCGCAUCAUAUUGUUCCUGUUCCUCAUGUCCGUGGCUGGAAUACUCAACUACUACCUCGUCUUCUUUUUUGGAAGUGACUUUGAAAUGCAUAUAAAAACGAUAACCAGCGCGAUCUCCCCGUUGCUGCUCAUACCCUAGCUCCCUGCAGCACUGAGAGGGUCAGCAUGGCUAAUGUAUCAAUACCCAGAAGCAGCUAUAAUUCAACUGUUUAAGAAAUGAACCUGUAACCCUUUUAGAUUGCUGUAAAUCUCAUGCUUGAUGGGCUUUGUAGUUUGAUUUAACCUUGCUUUUUCCUUCAGGAAAAAGAUUUAUCGUGAGCACUCAGCGUGCCCAAGGAAUGGUAACAACUUCCAGUUAGUUCUUUAGAGUUUUUUCUUUAAACUGCAGUUUACAAGCUGAUUGCAUGACUGGGGCAUUGUAUGCUUGCUUCAUAACUGCAUUGUACUUAGCUUUAGUCCCCAAACACAGGAGCCUCUCAGAAUCGUCCCUGACCGAUGACUCCUGCAGUUAUCCUCAUGCACAGGCACAGCCUCUUGCCAGCAUCCUGCAUGCCCCUGCCCACACAAAGACACGGACCAGCCUCUUCACCUACCAUUUCCCUCCCACUUGUUGAUGACUGAGCUCCUGCUGCUGCAGGAAGAUGGCAAAUUGGUCCCUGUCUGGUCUUCCUUGAUAAAUAUUCAUGUGCGUAAUGCUCCUGACACUGAUCUCAUUUGCACUUCAGCCUUUUUGUUCUCCCAGAGCUGUGGAAAGGGAUCUUGCGUAAAUGAGAAGCUGGUUUAUUGACAGUGGGGUUGGAUUUGUUUUGCUUGGCUUUGUUUAAUAAAACAGUUUAAAAGGAUGAAA